AUGCCUCUCUCCCUCCACAUCAUCCCCUCCCACACCCCCCACGAUUUCACCCCCAUAACCACAACUGAAGACCUCGCCUACCGCUCCCCCUACAACACAUUCUACGAGCUGCUCCGCGGCUCCUCGCUCGCAGACUUCACCACCCGCCAAGCAGCCGCUCACGUUGGCGAUCCAAGCAGUUUCUGGUGUUACGUCGUAGACGAUGCCACGGGUGUGGUAGCUGGAGCUAUGGGUUGGAAUUUGCAUGAGGAAGUGGUUGAUUGGAGGGGGGUGGAGGUAAAGGCGGAGUGGCUUGAGGGUGAGGAGAAGGAGUUGGCGGAUUUAGUGUUUGAGCAGUUUUUUGGCGGGCGGGGUGCAUGUAUCGGCACACCUCACUUGCUGAUAUCGUACUGCUUCACCCACCCCUCAUACCGUCGUCAGGGUGUCGGCCGACAAAUGAUGGCCUAUGGUCUCGCCAUCGCCGAUGCAAAGGGUCUGCCUACCUGGGUUGAGUCCACGGAGUGCGGACGCGUUUUCUAUGAGAGUUGUGGGUUUGAGAUGGUGAACGCGUUGGAGUUUGAGGUUGAGCGGGUUGUUGGGGAGAAAGAGGGGUUUGAGAAGCGGACUGGGUUGGAGUUGCCCGAGGGGAAGAGGUGGGGGUGGGUUUUGAAGAGGGAGGUGAAAGAGGUAGAGGAGGUUGUUGAGGAUAAGGAUAAAGUGUUUUUGUAG